AUAAAAACGCCAAUGAUUCGACUUACUCCCCUAUAAGAGUCAGCUGAUAUAAUAGAAAAUUCAUAUUCAUGCAGUCCAACUAUUAAACUAUUGAGUUAAAUUUUUUGGAACAAAAAUAGAGAAUAUGGCGGAAAUAUAACCACAAUAUUCUUCUACUCUUACAUAUAUUUUACGUGGGCUAUUUCAACUAUUCUCUUAUAGAGUGAUGUUGCAACUUCCUGUCUCCUAACAUCAAGGUGAAUUUGUAGGUCUCAAAAAAUAUAACACGUGUUGUCGCUCCACUAUAAGUCCUCCAGUUAAUUUCAUUCGGCUUUAGGAAGUGUUGUAGACAACAUUGUUAUAAUUAUGUUUUAUUAUCGGACAUAGUUAAACAACUGUCAAUAUCUCUAUUUCAAAAAAUUUUUAUUCAAGAUUACUCACUUCUAAUCAACCUUCAAAGAAACUUCAUAGUUUUUAUGUUUAUCGUUUAUACUUGAUCUUCAAUAAUGACGGUUGAAGAAUAUUCUAGUCAAUAUGACGAUACAGAAGAUUUUGAAAGGAGAUCGGAUAAAGUUGAAGAUUUUAUGAAUUUGGAGGAGAAAUCAACAGAAAUUUGUGAAAAAGGAAAUAUUGUAGAAGAGAUUGAAAUAAAGAAAAAUGAUAAUAAAUUCGAAGAAGGAGGAUACGGUUGGCUCAUUUGCAUUGGAGCUUUUAUUAUCUAUUUCAUUAUUGGUGGAGUUAUGAGAUGUUAUUCUCUAUUCUAUGAUUCUCUAUUAGAAAAAUUCGAACAUUCGAAUGCUAAAACAGCUUGGGUUGGUGCUAUUCAUAGUUCUACCAAACUAUUACUUGGACCUGUUGCGGGUGCUCUUCAAGGAUAUUUGAGCCCGAGACAAAUGAUUUUUAUAGGAGCAACAUGUUGGUCUUUGGGACUUGUUUUAACUGGUAUUUCGAAUUCCUUAGAACUAUGUAUUGUAUCUUUUGGUAUACUAAGCGCUCUGGGGGCCAACUUUUUACUAGUUACAACUUUAUUCAUAAUUCCUCAAUAUUUCAAUAAAAAGAAAGGAAAAGUUAUGGGAUUAGUUUUCUGCGGAGUUAGCACUGGUAUGAUAGCUUUCGCGUAUAUUUUCCCAUUGUUAUUCGACCAAUACGGAUUCUUUGGAACAUUUCUAAUUUUAAGUGGAGUCUCAUUGCACAUCUUUAUCUCUGCUAUGUUAUAUAGAUUACCGACAAAUACUCAGCUAAAGAAAGACACGCUAAUCAAAGAUAAAAAUGAUGAUAGUUUUGAUAAAAAGAAAGCUUUGAGUGAGAGAUUUAUUAAUGAACUCAAAUCAAAACUCAGACUAUUUCAGAAUAGAUCCUUCUGCUUUAGCUGUUUCGUCUUCUCUUCGCUAUUUGUUGCAUUUAAUACGAUAAAUACAUUUACAUCUGGCCUAUUAAGAGAAAGAGAUUUCAAAUCAAAUGACGUCUCUCUACUAUUUCUAGUAAGUGGAUUAUUAGACGUUUUAAGCAGACCAAUUUUUGGCAUUAUAAUUGACAUAAAGCCGUUAAGAGAACGGCGAUAUUUAGUCUAUACUGCUAUAUCGUGUUUUGGUGGAAUAGGAAUAUUAUGUAUGGCAUUAUUUGCUCAUUCUAGAAUUCUCUUGCUCUGCCUUAUACCUAUUUCUACAUCGGUAAUAGGCUCUUGUGCCAGCCAAUUAAAUACUAUAGUCAGCGACAUAGUUGAACUUGAUCGACUUGGAGAUGCCAUAGGAUUUGUUCGUUUCACUCAGGGAGUAGGUGUUCUCUUUGCACCGACAAUUGGAGGUCUACUGAAAGACAUCACCGAUACUUACACGUACAAUUUUAUCCUCUCUGCAGUACUCCUAAUUAUUCCGACCAUAUUAUUUGCGUUCUAUAUGCACCUAAUCGACUCUAGAAAGAAGAAGAAGGAAAGAGAAGGAGUUACUGUAUUUACCGUUGCCUAAAAAGAAAUUCUGAGUUAAUUUUACAAAAUUCUAAUUUAUUUUUAGACAUUUUUAAAUUUAUUUUUUCUUUGUUGUACAAAGAAAAAAUAAGAAUACGUAUUAUUAAUAGUGAGUUACCUCGUUCAUAUUCACUACCUGUGGGGAUCUCAAGGUAUUAAAUUACAAUUUAUAGAGCCAUAUACUGUAUGUAUUAUAUAAAAAAGAUGGUUAAAAUAUGUUCACCCUACUCAACCUCAACGUUGAUGAUUACUUGAACUAUAUGUGUGCUAUAUCAGUGUAAUAUUUGUGCCAUAUAGACUGAUAUUGUUUAUAGAUAUAAAAUAUUUACAUAUUUUAAAUUAUUGUAUCUUAAUAAAGUAUUGAUAAGAAAGAUUUUA